GGGUCCCACCAGGAUCAGUUCCUCGUUGACUUUGAUCGCGCCAUGUCGAUGGCGCGCCUGCAAUUAUGAACGUACGCGUUGCAUUAUCAGUGAUCUUGUUGUUAGUUUUACUACCGUCGUCAUUGACUCAGAAUUUCGAUCGUAUAUAUGAUACUGAAUACAAUCUCCCUGAUCGAUACGUGGCAACCGCGAAUGGCCCACCUGGUCAGUCCAAGUGGAACGAGAGAGGUUCUUCCGAACCAUCAGGUCAUAAUAAAUGGGAAGGUGAUCACAGAGGACCACCAGGCGGUCGUGGGCCUCCCGGAUUAGCGGGUGGCAAUCCUCCAGGAUUAAAUGGUAAACGUCCUCCAGAUAACGGAGUAAACAUCGAAAGACUGUCCGAAGAUGAGAAAUAUAUAAAUAAUCAACAAUCCACUCAUAAAUCUACUCGACCUACUGAAAGACGUCCUCAUGGUCCGGAUGAUCCAUCGACUCAGAAUUUCGAUCGUACAUACGAUACUGUAUACAAUCCUCCUGAUCGAUACGUGGCAACCGCGAAUGGCCCACCUGGUCAGUCCAAGUGGAGCGAGAGAGGUUCUUCUAAACCACCAGGUCAUAAUAAAUGGGAAGGUGAUCGCAGAGGACCACCAGGUGGUCGUGGGCCUCCCGGAUUAGCGGGCGGCAAUCCUCCAGGAUUAAAUGGUAAACAUCCUCCGGGUAACGGAGUAAACAUCGAAAGACCGUCCGAAGAUGAGAAAUAUAUAGAUAAUCAAGAAUCCACUCAUAGACCUACUCGUCCUACUGAAAAACGUCCUUAUGGUCCGGAUGAUCGUACGUCCGAUUCAAACAGCAACUCGCAAAAUCGACGAUGCAGAGACAACGAGUUUCGUUGUAAUAAGACUAACGAGUGUCUACCACAAAGUGUCAGAUGCGAUAAAAAAAUUGAUUGUCACGAUGCCAGCGACGAAGCAUUUUGUCUUGGGAACAGAUUUGGAGAAAAUGGCUGUGUCUUGCCUGAACAACCGGAAAAUGGAAAUUACGUAUUGGAUGGUUGCGAUAGUUGCACUAAACGUCCAGGCGAUAUAGUUCCCUUAAAAAGCAUUCUUACUUAUAAUUGUAAAAACAAUUAUUUACUGAGCGGAAACACCAUUUCCGUUUGUGCCAACAACGAAUGGUCUGAACCACUUUCGUGUUACAAAGUCUGCCCAUCGUUAAACAGCACGAGCGUAGACAUUUCCUGCAGCUACAAGGAACAAACAGUGUCCUGCGGCGUACGUAUACUGCCUGGUACACGGGCUGCGCUUGCCUGUAAAUCAUCUUAUAAAUUACCUUUAACGAACGAUCCGGCUUACAGAGAGAUCACGUGUCUUGACGAUGGUUUAUGGGAUCGUCGCCUUUUUCGCUGUCUACCCGAAUGCGGGACGACCACUGCACGCGGUAAUACUUUAAUCGUAAACGGAUUCGAAGCUAAAGUAGGAAAAUUUCCCUGGCACGCUGGUGUUUACGUCAAGAAAUCACGCACGAAUGAAUACGAGCAGAUAUGCGGUGGCACUCUCAUUAGCAGCUACCUCGUCAUAACAGCGGCUCACUGCGUUUACGAUGAAGUCAACAAUGAACUUAAUGACGCGCGAAAUUAUGCUGUGGCCACCGGCAAACAUAAUCGUGAUUGGAACGCGAGAGAGAAAUAUGCGCAGAAGUCAUCUGUGGAGAGUAUUCGAUCGGGCGGCAGAUAUAUGGGGGCGAGAGGUAAUUUUGCCGACGACAUAGCCCUAUUGAAAUUAAAGACACCCUUUGAGCUGACUACCUUAGUGAAACCAGUGUGUAUGGAUUGGGACAAUGAAUAUGAAAGGGACCAGCUGCAAAUGGGCCAAGUCGGCAAGGUGGUCGGUUGGGGCAAAGACAUUAGAGGCGAAUCCACCAGGAACUUACAGGAAAUUGACAUGCCGUUCGUGCCGUACCAACAGUGUUUGUCCGCAGUGCCUGUAGAUUUCCGAGGAUACCUCACGUCCGACAAAUUCUGUGCCGGUCGUUUGAACGGUUCGAGUGUCUGCGAAGGAGAUAGUGGUGGAGGUUUAUGCUUCGAGAAGGAUGGUGUUUGGUACAUUCGUGGUGUCGUAAGCGUAAGCCCAGCCAAAGGUAGUUGCGAUUACAACUCAUAUGUUGGAUUUACCUCCGUUAGUCGCUUCCGUGAUUGGAUUCGCGAGGCUUAUGUCAAUGAGUAACAAGGAUAUUUUUGGAGAGGAAUGAGUUGAUUAGAUGAUGAGUAGAUGUGACGUACGAAAUAACAAUAAGGAAACGGCAAGAAAACAGUAAGGAAACAGAUAAAUAAUUGUACAUAUUCUUCAAAAUCUUAAUAUUGGUUGAUAAAAAUAUAAAAAAAGUUAGAAUUUUAAAGAUUUACGUGAUAAAGUUCAUUUACAUUUUGAAAGCAUAAUGUUAUAGACAACUGAAAAAUAUUAAUUAAAAAUUAUAUGUACGUGAAUUUAUAAAAAAAUUUUAUAAUAAGACACUAUAAU